AAAACAGGUUUUGUAGAGGUUUCCAGUCCGAGAGAGAAGUGAAAACUCGUCUUCCUUUCAUUUCUCUCACAUUUUCCCAGAUGCAGAUCGUAACGGCUUUCUCUCUCCUCUUCCUCCUCUCAUUCAUCUCUCUCUUCCAUUCCACGAUCCAAGAUCUUGGGCCAGCUCCUGCACCCGUUACAGGAGCAGAUGUCGUGCCGGUUUCCGCUCCUGCUCUGUUUUCUUCUCCAGCUCCGGUCUUGUCCCGCUCCGCCGCACCAUCACCACACUGGGAGGAAAACCCACUUCCGGAAGUCCAGAGAUCGCCCGCUUCAGCGCCGGAAGGAGUAGAAGGAGAAGCCACAGGCAAAACUCCUCAGACGGCUCCACCUCCACAACCACCACUGGAAGAGGAUUCAGAGACUGUUAGAUGGUGUGUGGUGAGGGACGAGUUCGUGGAUUGCCAGAAUUACAUCAGCCUUCUCAAGCCGACCGCCGGUUAUGUUUGGAAAUGUGUUCAGCAGCAAACAACUGAAGCAUGUUUGAAUUCAAUAAAGAAUGGGGAAGCAGAUUUAAUAAACUUGGAUGCAGGACUAGCAUACAUUGCGUUUUUGAAUUACUCCAUGAAAGCAAUUGCAAAUGAGGUUUACUGCAACCAUGCUGAGAACUAUAACUCUGUCGCUGUUGUCAACCGGAAAGCUUGUGAAGAGAAUGGAGAAAUCAGCUUGAAGGAUUUCAAGGGACGCAGGUCUUGCCAUGGAGGUUACUCAACAGCAACGGGAUGGAAUUAUCCUGUCAACCAUCUCAAACAGUUUGCUGAGUCCAAUCAAUCGAAAGACUAUGAGAUUGUUUCUGAUUUCUUCUCGGCAGUCUGUGCUCCAUCAGAAUUUGAAGGAAUGGGGGAAUGUGGUGGGUGUGGAAAUGAGAAUGGUUCGUGUUCCUCAACUUUGUACUAUGGUCAUUCGGGGGCGUUCCGGUGCCUGGUUGAAGAGUUGGGAGAUAUUGCAUUCGUCAAGGAAGACACUCCAUUGCUUUACUCUAUGGAAGGCCCAUAUAAUAAGACAUGGUCGAUAAAAGCGAUAAAAGAAUUCAUGUAUCUAUGUCCACAAGGGGGUUGCAGAGAAAUCAACGGUUAUCCUGGGUCCUGCAUAUUGGGAACUGUUCCUGCAAAUGUAAUAAUGGCACGCAAUUCUAUCUCAAGUAGAAAGCUGUCCGUAGUGCUGCAGACAUUGCUCAAUGCAACCUGGGCCAGUGCUCUUUACACUGGGAAAAAUGCCAACAGUCACGUACUUAGUUCAAGCACUCAGGGAUUAUCUGUAGUGAAACAGCUCACAAGGGCAUACCUUGGGGUAUCAGCUUCCAUUUCUCAAACCAUACAAGAACUCAAUGUCAAAAAGGUUCAAGCCACUCCAUCCACACUAAAUACAGUUCCAGAUGUAUCUUUUGCCACAUUUCCUCAUGUUCAACAUCGAUGGAUGCUUGCUACGCUCUCAAUCCUACUUGGACUUUUGUAAGUGAGAACAGGAAAAUUUUACGGCUUUACCAUUAUGAGAAAUGUAAGGAAGUUUUCCAUGCUGCUUUGUAUUUGGGGAAAGAGGGAUUUAGGAGAUCUGAUACAAACUUACACAGCUGAGAGAUGCAAUUCUUACUUCAUACGGAUGAAUACAUGGAGUUUACAGUGGCAUUUGGCUAAAAUUCAGAUACUCAUCAAGGCGAAAUGGAUCUUGGGAUCAGAACAUCGCCGAUGUUGUUGUGCCACGGAUCGGCCAAGUGGGUCGCCAGAUUUUCCAGUGGGCCCGUUCCGGGAUAAGCCGAUUGCUGGACGCAGAAUCCCACAAAGGCCAACAAGGCAAGCCGGCCUGAAAAAAAAAAAAAAAAACAAACAACCAAACA